AUGGCUGCUACUAUUCAGACUUCACCUAUCCAGCAGCUGGUGGAUCUAUUUGACUCUGUCCUUGACGAGUCCCUGGUCAUUGCUAUUGCAAAUGACUACGAUGUGUCUACCGCCGCCGGCUAUAGUACUGCCUGCACGAUCCUGCAGAAUCUCGCGCAAGAUGCCAACAUUGAAGAAUCCAGUGGUUUCGACCCAAGUGCCGUACACCGACUUCAAGAAGAUGAAAAUAGACAGGUAGUAGAUAUUGAGCGCUCAGCCAGCACAAGCAGUCUCAAUAGGAAACAGUUGAGUGGCCAAGGAUCGAUCGACCCGGAAAAUACGACAUCUUCACUUCCUUUCUCUGCGGAGUUCGUGCUUCCAGAUCGUGAAUUCUCAAAUUCUGGACUGCUGGAAACAGAUAUUCUACAGUUGCAGGAUUUAUUCCCUGAUUUACAAGGUUGGGCUAUUAGGCAUGCACUACUUGAAUCAAAUGGCGUCGUUGCGACUGCUUUGGAUACCCUCCUCAGUGUACAAUAUCUACAAUCCGCCACUUCUCAAAGGACUGCGUCAGAUGCACUUUCCAGCGCUGGUGACACCAAGAUCGAGAAUCUUGGUGGCAACCGUAGUGUAUACGGAUAUGACGCAGCAAGAAUGACCGAUGGCGAGGCCAGCAUGAGUAAUGCAAAGACGCUGAAAACUCCCGCUGCUAUCGUCUACAUAUCCAAGCGUUUGAAUAUGUCUCCUGAAGAAGUGUCUAUAAUAUAUGCCGAAAACGGCAACUCUAAAGUGGCUACCAUCCUCGGAAUCCUGGAUCAGUUCCUCAUACAGAAAGAGACCGAGUCCCCAUCAAUUGUAGAGAAAAAAGCCAUAGAUGAUCUCAAACAAAAGCACCGCAAUACCCCAGACGAGUACCUGCGGGUUAUCGUCCGGAUAACUGGGCCGGGUUCUGCAUAUGCUGCGGAACUCGCGGCACAAGUGAACGCGUACUUCAGCAAAAGAUCGAUGAACCAGAAACUCAAACUGAAUUAUAGACUAACACCGCUGCCACACGAAGAUCUCGAAGGAUCAAUAGAGACAGUCACUAAUACCCAGGCUGAAGGAAGGAGUCCUCGUCGAGCUAAUUCGAUAUCAACUUCUGGUGCCGGAAAAGAUCUCGACAAGGCUCUGCAAAUAUCAAACAAUCUACAUAGGCAGAAACAAGAUGCGAUUGCAUCUGCUGCAAGUCUCCAUCGGCGCGGGGCUUCAAACCCGCUGUAUCGACAGGCAGCAGGCUAUUAUGCGCAACAGGCUCGCGAACACGCAAAGCAUGCCCAAGAAGCUACGUCCACUGCGGCAGACAUUCUAGUUGACCAACAAAGCACCGAUAGGACAGUUGAUUUGCACGGCGUGUCCGUCCAAGAUGGAGUGCGAAUUGCUCGUCAACGAGUUUUGAGUUGGUGGAAAGAUUUACGUGCUCGGGAAAAGCCAGUGUUAGACAAAAGUCUCACUAUUGUUACUGGCUUAGGCCGUCAUAAUGCAAGUGGAAUUUCACCACUCCGACAGGCUGUGGCUGCUGCACUUGCGCGGGACGGGUGGAAGUAUACAGUAGAAACAGGGAGGUUUGUUGUUUCAGGGCGAGGGAAGUACUGA